AGGAAAGUUGCAACAUGUUUAAUGUACAUUCAAUUUCAAUAAUUAACUUUCACUUUAUGACUCAAUGAGCAAAGUGGUAAUUUUUCAAAUUAGGACAAAAACAGGACUUUUACAAUAAUAUUAUAGUUUUAUUUAUUUAUACAAUAAUGUACAUGUUUUCAGCUUCUCAGCUGAUAGAUAUUCAUCAGUUCAGCUUCUAUAUUUGACUUUACAGGUCAAACAAUUGUUGACAUGGCUGUUUGUUUGCAUUUAAAAUUGAGCACGAGAGAGGGAGAAAGAGUGACAGAAGACUGACCAAUUUGAAACUGAAUUAAAUACAUUCUGGCCCCAUAGAAAUAUAUGUCAUAUGCUACUUUCAAUGCUUUAAAAAGUAUGAUUUACUUGCAGAGUGAGGGCAGUGCAGAGUUGAGGAUAGUGCAGAGUGAGGACAGUGCAUUUUGGGAUGGUGUGAUGUGAGGAUGGUAAGGGGAGGUGCUUGCAUUGCACUUGAUAUGAGCUGGAAAACCUCAUGUUUCUUCACAGUUUGUCCGAAAGCUUGACUGCUUAAACCUUUUUAGAAAAAUGUCUGACGAACUCUCCAGAGCUGCUGCCCGUGGAGAGAUAGAUAAAGUGUUGGAAUUGCUGCAAAAUGGAGCAGAUGUUAAUGGAUUUAAUCAAUACAAAAGGACUGCACUGCAGGUGGUGAAUUGGGCCUGUCCCGAUGUGGUGGAGGCGCUUCUCUCCGCGGGGGCAGAAUUCAACAUCCGGGACCCUGUCCUGAGGCUCACCCCGCUGCACGACGCAGCGCGCGCCGGUUACAUCGGUUCUGUGCAGAAGCUCGUGCUAUACGGCGCAGAUGUAAACCUGUGUGAUGAGAUCGGUAACCUUCCGCUGCACCUGGCCGCCAUGGAGGGAAACCUGGAGGUGAUCCGGCUGCUGAUCGGUCGCACCGCAGACCCCCGGGCCCGCAGCGCGGAGGGAUGCACCGCCGGGCAGCUGGCGCACCUGCACCAGAAGAUAGAGGCGGCCAAAUACAUCGAGGAUUAUUUGAGGUCAAACUAAAGGACGAAGCAGAGGAAGAUGAUGAAGAUGAUGAAGAUGAAUCAGUAUUCAGUAUUUCUGCUGAUUCUUUUCUAAAAAAAAAUUGAUUAAAACAAAACAAUCAACUGCAAUUGGGAAAACUUUAUACAUUUGCAUCUCCUGUUUUGAGAGAAACGGGAGACUGGACACAUGUUUGUAAUAAACAAAAAGUGCUCUUAAAUGCACCAUGAUUUAUUCUCAUCAAGAUAUAUUUUAUUUGGUCUUUGGCCUCAUACAACCAGACAACUUUACAGGAAGUUAUGUGCUCCAAAAACUUGUUUGUAAGCAGCGGGAAGUUUCACUUUUGCUGUUGUGUAGCUAUCAUAUGAGGAGGCCUGCAUUAGUGCAUUAUUUAGCAAAUAGGACAUUAGUUCCUAUUUUCUAAUUUGAUCCAUUUAGCUUAGUCCCUUCCCAUCAAAUAAUAAGUUAUGUCCAUUGAGUUACCACCUAAAAUCUAUUCAAUUGUAAUCAAACAGCACUUUCCUGUCUUAUAAAGCAUGUAAUGUAAUGUAACCCCAUUUCAAAGAAGCAUGAAUUCAACUCAUGUUAUCAAUGGUAGGAUACAUGUUGUUUAAAAAUGUGACCCUGACAUUUUUAUUACCCCUGUAUUGAAAAUCAUGAAAUGAACAAAGAACAAACGUGUUAACCCCACUCUCUCCUAUACUUUCUCUGCUGGUAGAGUAAUGUGAAUGUAAAAGCUAAACAUAUAUCAAAUGCAUAAACAAUCUGACUUAA